AAUCUCAGAGGUCGGUGAGGGAUGAAUGACGCGAUGUGACGAGACACAGGGUCAUCUAGCUCGUUACUGUGAGGGGCUUUCUCCUCGCUCACAACACCAGCCUUGCAUGCGGUGUAACAGGAACAACACAGUGGUGUUCUCCGGCCCGAGACGCAUAUGGUUGCGUUGACUAUGGGCUUCCAUGGUGUGUCCUGCUUGAGCCAUGGCGGGUUUAACCGAAACACAUGAUCGGCAUUCAUGCCGACACUCCACGAGACUCUCGGGACCCUGACAUCUACUAGCUUGGCCUAGCUGCCACUCGCUCGGCUGCAAUGGCCUCUGUGUUAUAUUUACUGCUUGCUUCAUUGCCCUUUCUUGAUAAUGCCAAGUUUGCUGUGUGCGGGUUCACGCAGCUGCGGCCUGCAAGCCACCUCGGAAUUUCUGCGCUUGUCCGGUGAACUUCGGAAUAGUAAAAUCUGUGGAGAGAGAAAACAUGGUACUGCCCCUUCAAGUGAUUCAUUUCAUACGCAUCAUGUGCGCGUGGCGACUGAGGUAUUCCCCGUUCACUCCUCCACGCGGGCAUCCCCUCAUCACUUGCUACGCCAGCGCAAUGUCUAGAAAAAAUCCGUUCAAAAUCCUCUCCCAACGUAGUAAAGGAAGUGAUUCCGCUUCCGGCUCAUCUUCACAACCGCCGCUCUCCUCGACCUCGUCCGAGUCAUCCCAUGUUCCCCAGAUCAAUAUCACUGGUCCCCAGGUGCCCCGAGAUCACGACAACACUCACAGCGAUCGACACGGGUUGCCGACGGAGUCUUAUCCUGAGCUCACAGUGGCCGGCCAGGCCAUGCCUUCUAUGAACAGAGAUUCGAAGAAAUCGGAAUCUCUUAUGGGACGUGUAUUCGGGAGGGUCCGUAGGAAAUUGAGUCCUAACCGCAGCAGGCCUAGUACCCCCAAUCUCGUUGAACCAUCCAGGCCAGCCACGCCACUCCAGCCGUCCGGUAAUGAUGCAGUACUUCCUUCAUUUCCCUUCGCCCGUGGGGAAAAAAUUGAUAAUCUUCGUGAAACAUCUGGCUCGUAUGCCACACAUGACAACGGCCUGAGCGUUCAUGCACAAUUGGAACACAAAGGUAUCAACGUACCCUCAUCAGAACCCACGAUCACACGAUCGGCCAGCUCAGGCAGCGAUCGAAAGGUUGUAAUCAUCGGCGCUACUAGACUCAUUCUCCAAAAUGCGGCCUCCGCCCUUAAGUUUGCCCCGAUUCCGAAUCUUGAUGCAAUCCCGGACUUGCUUUUGAAGUGGCUCGAUGUCUACGAGACCGUCGGUGGAAACGACGAAAGUCUUAAAGGAUUGGACGAUGACAUCCUAAAGGCCUACGACACUGUUUUGGAGCCACUCGCGCUGUCGACCGACCCUAUACCCGAUGAAGUAGUUGUUUUAAUUAGGCGGUUCCACUCGGCCCUGGAAGAACAAAAACAAAGGAUCGACGCACUCACCAAUCAAGGUUCCGUGAAGAGGACGAUCUUAGCACCCGAAAUCAGCACGAGGAUAAGUGAUGUGAAGGCGUGCAUAAAUGAUGCUGUUAACAACUUCUCGGUCCGUUCCCAUAGGGCUCCCAAGUGCUCUAUGUACUGACUAAGUAUGUAACAACAGACCCAGACAGGUACUUUGACGCUGCUUCUUACAAUCAAAGCAUCGGUGCGAUCUGAACUUAAACGACUUGGGGAAGUCGCG